ACAAGAUGGCUGCUGUGUGUCGGAGCGUGAAGGGCUUGGUUGCAGUGAUAACGGGAGGAGCCUCGGGUCUAGGCUUAGCCACGGCGGAGCGACUGGUGGGGCAAGGGGCCUCUGCUGUGCUUUUGGACCUACUGGACUCGGAUGGAGUGGCCCAGGCCAAGAAAUUAGGGAAGAACUGCGCCUUUGUUCCUGUCAACGUGACUUCAGAGAAAGAUGUGCAAGCAGCCCUGAAUCUAACAAAAGAAAAGUUUGGCCGUGUGGAUGUCGCAGUCAACUGUGCAGGCAUUGCAGUGGCCAUCAAGACAUACAACUUAAAGAGGAGCCAGGCCCAUACCUUGGAGGACUUUCAGCAAGUUCUCAGUGUGAAUCUCGUAGGUACCUUCAAUGUGAUCCGCUUGGUGGCUGGAGAGAUGGCCCAGAAUGAACCAGACCAGGGCGGCCAACGUGGAGUCAUCAUCAACACUGCCAGUGUGGCUGCCUUCGAGGGCCAGGUUGGACAAGCUGCAUACUCUGCUUCAAAGAGUGGCAUUGUGGGCAUGACACUGCCCAUUGCUCGGGAUCUGGCUCCCCUAGGCAUCCGGGUGAUGACCAUUGCUCCAGGCCUGUUUGGCACCCCACUGCUGACCAGCCUCCCAGACAAGGUACGCAACUUCUUGGCCAGCCAGGUGCCCUUCCCUAGCCGACUGGGUGACCCUGCUGAGUAUGCUCAUCUCGUACAGGCCAUAAUCGAGAACCCAUUCCUCAAUGGAGAAGUCAUCCGGCUGGAUGGUGCCAUCCGCAUGCAGCCCUGAAAGGAGAGGGUAGAGAGACUACAUCCCUCUCUGCACCCUUGUUCCUUUGGGGUACUAGGCUGUAGCUUGAGAGGAAUCUCAGUAAACAUUUUGUAACUCUGUCUACCAGUCACCCUCUGUGCCUAAUAAAGUCUGUAUUUCUCACA